GUGAUUGGUUAACGGAAGACUUGGGAAUGUGGUGUUCUAAUUCUUACUUGGCUUACCUGUGACAGUAGGGCGACGGAUAUAUACGUGUUCUAAUGGAUUUAAACCCAACUUCUACGGCAUAAAUAUAAUCGAUUUUAGACAGUGAUCAUGUGUGCCUUAACGAGGAAUAUAGCAGUUGUGUGUUGAUAGUUAAAAUGGCGUAAUUUGUGGUGAGAUAUAGGUGUCGCGAGAGCUCAGGUGUGACGAGAAAUUCGAGGUGGAAAUAUGGAUGACUGGAUACCAAGAAAUGCAGGUAACACUGUCGCGGGAGGGGAUGGAGCUUUUGAAAGAUUCAUCACUGCUGCUGUGGCUGCCAUUAUUACCAUCAUGUUUUCGUGGCGGUUAUUGGCGGAACAAAGCGAAGGAGGGGAAGAGGGAGGGGCCGUCGGGGGAAUGCGUAUAGAGGACGCUACGGUUCAGGUAAGAGGGGAGCUCGAGAAAGAGUUAUCGCGAUAUAAACAACAACAACAAAUGGCAGCUACAACAUCCGCUAAUCGGGAAAUCCCCAAACUAAGUGUAGGAAAGGGUGAGGGGGUGUCCGAGGGGAAAUCGAGGGACUUAGAGGGGGUCGCGAUGAGUGAGGAGGAGCCGAAAAUUCAAGAUAUAUCGUUAGACGAAUUCCGUAUUAAUAAUUUACUGUCACUAGAGGCACUAAAGAAAUGGCCAUCCAUGGAAACAAAUGACGUAGAUUCAGGUUUUGACAGCAAUAGAUGGGUGGCCCAAGAGGCGGAAUCAAGCCCUAUCCACAAUAACAAUAGUAAAGAUGGACAAGUUAAUUCAGCAUUCAAGGAUUUUAUGGACGAGGAAUUUCAUGCAUUCAACGAGUUCGACCCGUUCGGUAAUAGUGAUCCAUUUGAUGACAAUAUCGAACCGAGGGUUUUGGAUUCGGACGAGGAAAUGUAUUGUUGUAACAUGUUGGAAACCAUCAUGGAGGAAGAUUCGGAUGAAAUACCGAGUAGUGGAAGUGACACCGAGUCGCUGAAACGUUUUGAUCAUAGACGGUUCCGAAAGGAGGAGUUACAGAGCGAUAGUGACAUCGACUCUUUAAAACAUGACACAUCAGAAAACGAAACUGGAUCUUUAAAACGAUAUGUGACAAGAAAAUUAGAAAGUGACGAAUUAUUAGAAGCUGUCGUCCCCGAACAGACGACAAAUGAAAUAAGUGAUUCAGACGAAGAUGAUGAAGAAGAAUCGGGUUCAUCAACCUCCCACGUGACUUUGUUUACACGUGAAACAAUAAGCAUUACGGAUUCGGAUGGAAACUUGGAGCGAACAAACGUUGUGCAUAAAGUAAACAUUCCAGUGACAGGCGAUUGUACUCUUCAACAGUUAAUGUCACGAGUACCACAAUAUCCCAUUGAACAGUCAGAAGAGACAAAUUCAUCUGGAAGUGAUGAAUCUAUUGUCACUGUGCUUACCCGGCAGAAUUCUACGUCGACAAUAGAUUCUACCGGAAGUCCAAAAAUGAUCGAAAACGUGACUGGUAUGUCGUCUGCUUUUCCGGCGUUUGCACCUGGUAACCAUAGUGAUGAGUAUCGAUCAGACGACAAUAGCAGCACGCGCCAACCAGAUGCCGGUAAACAUGCGUCAAUAACAGACAAGUCACCAUUUUAUAACACUAAUGUGACGAAGCCACAAGUUGUACGUAUACCACCCAGUUCAUCGUGGUCUCUGGGAGUAAACGAUACAAGCGGUAAGAGUAGUAGUAGUAAAACACCCGAGGAAAAUGGAGUAAAACUAACAGGAAAUGCCAGUGCAAGUGUUACACCUGUAACAGGUAACGAAGUGCCUGGAAUACAUAGUAACGGUAAACAAGCCUCGGAGAAUAAAAGUGAUCAAGGUUCCAUAAGCGUUGAACCGGCAACUCUCCAUGACUCACAGCAUGGUGAUUACGACACUUCGUAUAAACAAAGAAUAAGUGAACUUUUUAACAGGCAUAAUACAGCACUAACUAGUGCAUUGCAAAAUAAACCGUUAGUUGCUCAGCAAAUAGGAGAAUUACCCAAUGUUAAUGACAAUGUUGUUAAAAGCCUCGUAAACACUACAUUGUCCCGAGAUAAUCGUGUUCAUAGUGCGACAGGGGACAUAGACAAUUCAGGUCAUGUUCAAACCAGCGAGUCAAAUGUGAUAGACAAUAAUUCCGAACAGGAUAAACAUGUUAAUAGUGAAUAUGUAGUGACGAAUUCAGGCAGUUUUCAGACAAACAAUAAGGAAGAUGAUACAAAUAACUCAAACAGAUCUCUUCAAGAAACUUCUGAUCGUGUGAAAUACGUCGAUGCUUAUGAAUCUACAGCAGUUAAGAAUUCUCCCCAAAGUUUCACUUUCACGACCUGCAAAUCCCAGUUUGUAGAUUAUCAUCAAAAAAACUACACCCAAGAUCGUGACCCAGAUGAUAUCCAAACAAUUGAAGAUAAUCUGGAACAGGUAGCACCAAUUCCAGUGCCACGUAAAAGAUUAUCUAUUGGUUCGAAAGUGGACAGUGAGCCGGAUUGUGAACCGGUUGCGAAGCUAAAGAAAGGUGAAGAAUCUCCGAACAACCGACCAAACCAAUUGAAGUUGAUCAAACCUAUAGAAACAGAUCUUGAUUUUGUAAAUGAUCAUGAUUUUAAUUCACAGUUAAAACAAAAUAGAUACUUAAAGCGCUCGGAUACCAUCGGGACGGAAAUUACGGUAGACAGAAGUUUUGAUGAUGACGAUGUCGAGAACAUUGCCUGUUUGGAAGAAGUAAUCGGUUCCAUUCAUUCUGACAGUUCUCCAAAACCUAAAUUAGAAAUCGACAUAGAUAACAGAUUUGACUCACCCGGUACUGCAAAGAAAGCAAGACUUGAGACAAAUAUCGACCACGUAUUUGAGGAUAACAACAACUCCCAUGAUAACAAAAACGGAAACGAAGAAGAAGAUAAUGAUAGUUGGGGUGAAGAACUGGUAGAGGUCUAUGACGAGACAACUGGUCGCUGGAUCCUGCAAGCCCCAGACGGGGCCCCCAAGGAGUACCUAAACGACGUACCCGGAGUUGGAGAAUCUGAACGUGAGAUAUUUCUUAGACGAUGUAUUCGGCAAUCUAAUGACGAUGAAGAACCUGUUGACUUUCUAGAUUUUUCUCGUGGUGUUGAAGAAAGUCCCCCAGAUGGCGGAAGUCCAGUACGCACAUCUUCUCCAUUAACUGUGAUCAAUGAUCGUCCGAAAACAUCGUUUAGGAUUCUCUCACCUACAAGCACAAACAUCGAACCAGUUCUCAAGGAAGCUAGCGAAAAGUUAACAAGGCGUGCAUCGGUAGAAGAUAGCCCGGUUGUAAAAAUAACUGCCCAGAAACCAACAGUCCUUAAAGACAAGCAGAACGUUAAAAACAGCAUUACUACACCAGGAGAAAGCAGCCCAGUAAGACCGAAACAACAAACCGUCACAAGGCGACAGAAAAGUCGUGAGACUACAUUCGGCCCAGAACCAAAUUUAUCAAGUAAAGAAACAACAUUUGGCCCAGAACCACCACAGUCUUCAAUAAAAGAAACCACUUUUGGCGCAGAAUCCGAAGAGCCGAAACCAAAAGCAAAGGAGACAACCUUUUCACCAUCAAGUGUGAAAAAACAGUCUAUCGGAGAAGCGCUGAAACCAAAAGUUAAGGAGACAACAUUUUCGUCACCUACUGAGAAAAGACAAUCUAACGGAGACAGCGCCAUAAACGAACAGUUUCGCCAAAAGGGCAAGGACAAUUCAAAACGAAUAAAAUCAGAACAGAGCCAUUCUGUUAAAUUCCAAGAGGUUAAAUCAAACGAACACAAAGGAAAAUUCCACGAAAGAGUAAAACCAAAGAAUCUUGAAUUAGACGUAAAAACCCAUACUACAAUCGAAAGAGAUAACCCAUUCCGGAUCAACACCCCUGAUAGACAGAAAAACGCUAAUUUUAAUAUCCAAGUAAACAAUUCACCAGAAAACGUUAACAUAUCUUCCAAAUCCAAAGAAAUUAAAGAAACGUUAAUUGAUGACCCAAGCCCUAUAUCAACAGAAAGUAAGGAAACGAAUAUAGAUGAUCCGUUACCAUCCAUUGAUACAGACAAUCCUUUCCGAGUGGAAUCUCCACAAGAACACAUCGAAAGCACGUACCAAAUACCAGAAUCUGGACCCUCAUUAAUAAUUGAUAAGGGGCCAUUUGUUAAAAUCAAGGUAAAAGAGACAGUGAUCGAUGAUCCUGCACCAAGCCUCCCAAAGGAAACCGUGAUUGACGAACCAGCGCCACCAUUAUCAAACCAACCAACAAAGUUAAAAGCGGCUGACCAUAGAAGCCCAACCAUCGAAUACAGGUCAUCAUUCCAAACAUUAUCUUCAUCGUCAAGCAAGGAAACUCUCAUCGAUGACCCCAGUCCAGUGAUCCAGCUUCCUCGAAAGCAGGUCCAGGAAACAUCCAUUGAUGAACCUAGACCUACUAAUGUUAAUAAAAAUACACCAGUUAGAAAAUCAAACAGCAGGGAAACGAUAAUAGACGAACCCAGUCCAGUAAUAAAACUCCCUUCUAAAAGCAACCAAAGAAUUGAAGAAGCGCGUAUUGGCGCACCUGCAGUCUUCGUACAAUCCAGCCCGAUAGUGACUUCGCCAACUAUCAAAAGUCCAACGAUCAAGUUACCCCCUGCAAAAGUUUCACUAUCUAAAAAUUUAUCAAAAAGUAAGGAAACUCUUAUUGACGACCCAUCUCCGAAUCUUGAAAAGCAUUCAACCGUCCAGAUACGAGCAAUUAAAGAGACCUUAAUUGACGAUCCUGCGCCAUCAAUUGAGGCUGGACCAGUAUUGAAACCUCCAACCAAACAUCAACAGACGUCCGCAGCUGCGUUGACACCGCACCAGAAUUAUAAGGAAACUUCGAUUAAUGAUCCUUUACCAAAUAUACCGACACCGCAUUCCUGGGCAACCUCAAUUGAUGCACCUUCGAUUAAAUUAGAAACGAGUCCAUCAGUUAAGCCCCCACCAAAAGAAACAUCAAUUGAUGAACCAAGUCAAUCAUUUCAAUCUACUAUUUAUAGCCCAAGUAUUACUCUUCCACAAAGGCCUGCCAAAAAGGAAGCCCCGGGAAAGGUCACCGAAGGUGCGAUUGAUUGGCAAGGAGUUCAGCUUCCAUCUAAAGUAAAAGAGACUCUGAUAGACGAACCAGCGGCUGUAAUACAAACUAGCCCCAUCGUCAAACCACCUCCCAAAGAAACGUCUAUAGACGAUGAUCCCAUAAUCAGUAAAGUUGUAGAUACUUCCACUAAUUUAUCUGUUCAAUCUUCGCAGAUAACAGAGACCCUAAUAGAUCCACCAGAUAACGAAUUACAAGUAACAACAGGUAGACCGAACAAAUCUUCGGAAGUUCCUCGGCGUCCUAUUGAAACUUCCAUUGACGAGCCAGGAGUAAACGUUGAAACUAGCCCAGCUGCUAACGGAACACAAAAUUGGGAAACCACUACAGAUGAUACAUCUCUUGAUUCUAACUCUAUAGACGCACAUCCUCAGGACAGUUUAAUAGCUGAGAGUCCGCGUUCCUCGGUUACAAGUUUCUCAACGUCGGUAUCCAGUGUUGAUCAAGGACUUACUAUCGAUACUAGAUCGAGAAUAAAAUUAAAACCGAAUCCUGUUGACCAAAAUUUUAUAUCUGGUGAUUUAGCUAGCCCAAACAGCCAUCCAUCUGAUAUUGAUGAUCAUAAUGUAACCGGACCCACAUCUCCAGAGAUAACGUCCAGUGAAGAUUGGAACAAUAGCUACGAUUCGUACGAUUUAACAUCACAGUCGCAAGCAGACGAUAGCGCCGCUGAUAGUUCACUUAGCGAAGCACAAAAGAAACCUCGAUCACUACGUCAAAUUAAACGAAAGAUAGCCCAGCACCGUGCUUAUAAAUCCGCCCUUCAGUCGGGAGUUCCUCUAACAUCUGCCCAACUUAGUGCUCAUACAAACAGGGAAGACAUUAUCGCAUCAAGACUCAGAUUUCUCAGUGAGGGGAAUUUAUCAAAAAGUGAACAACAAGAGCAUCAGAAAAAGUUAUUUGAUGACUACAAAAAACAUUUAUUAUCCCCAUUACCUAAAAUAGGAACGUUCCAACCUAAUAAGAGGUACCGUAGUAAAUCGUCAUUUAGUAGUGUAGAAAAACUUCAACAUAUCACUGACCUUUAUGCCUCGAGAAUCGACUCGGACGAGUCAUUUACUAAACCGCAUGUACACGAACUUCAUAAAAACUGCAUUUUAUCGCCGGAAGGUCGUCGCGAAAUACACGAUAAAACACUCUCUAUCGAAAAUCUCAACCUUCAACUUCGUCAGUUCGGCUCGGCGACGUCCCUUCAAGAUACUGAUCUAGACACGUGGAAAACUUCUGGAGAGUCUGGUUUUCCAGAGACUGAUCUGGACUUUUCUUUAUAUUUACAGCAGCCAAGUGACAGGGCGGUCAGUAUGACGGAUCUUAGGUCAGAGCGGAUACCCCGCAAGUCGGGAAACAGGCGGUUUGCGGAUCGACACCUCGCACCAAAAUCUAAAAGUUUACAGACUCUGGAAACAAACAUCGAUGAUGAAGAUGAUGACGUAUUUCCAGACACGAUUUCCCGAACUCCUUCGGUACACGAAUUACGGGUAACAAAAUCUCUAUCUAAAUUAAAUGUUCCCGAUUGGUAUAAACAUUCUAAUUUAACUAAGAGCGCUAGCACUAUCUUGCGGAGAGAUUCUACAUCGACCAUGUCGUCGUUUGGGUACUCCGCCUUUUCACCCAGUAUUAUCUCCUCGCCCUGCCCCUCGGUAACAUCACAAUCUGGGAAUGUCGUCAUUAAAACUCGCGUAACUCCAUCAUCUAGCUCAAGAAUAUUCCGUAAAUACACACCAGCUACUGCUGCUCAAGAAGAGUAUAGACGCUCAGUACUGAACAAUAAGUCCAAAUCCACACCGAACGUUCGAUUACCGAGUGAAAAAUAUAGAGAAAAAGAGAAACCCAAAGGAUUAAUGCCUGUUCCCAUAUUAUCUUUUAAACAAUUAAGGGCCAUGUUCGAGGCGAAAGCUGCAAAUGCUAAAGCCGAGACAAAAGACACUGAAAAACCAAAAUCUCCCGAGCUAGGUAAAAAAGAACAAUUAGUGAUACCCACAGUGACUUUUUCUGAUGACGAAUCUGCCCCCGAAAGUCCCAAAAAUAGCGAAUCGUCAUCUCCCUGCCCCACCUCACCCGUCUCUCCGAGUUCUCCUACACGUCCAGGCCCUCCUGAAAUUCAGACCGCAACCGUAAAAGCUCCGCCAGAAAGACGGUUACCGAAACCUAUUUUAAAAAUCAGUGAACAUUUCGCCCGCGUAACUAAGUCUAAAACUGUGUCAGAGCCCCCUCGUGUUAAAACGCCUGAACCAAAAGAGACAAUUAUACCCGCAUCCAACAUUGAAGUUGAGGCCACGAUAAAUAUUCCGGAAAGUGCCGUAAUAAAACGACCAGUAACGGAGAUAACCGAAGUUCAACGAGUACCAGAUACAAACAGCCGACCUGAACCAAAACCACGUUCUUUCGACUCCACCACUCGCACACCUGGGCCUAAUCCACCACCGCCAUCUGUCAAUAAACGACUGUAUAAUAAUGGUGGAUCGUUUGAUACGACUGAUGCGCCACCAAACACACUCUUCUCUCCUAACAUGCAUUCCUCUACGCAUGCUCAAGAUGGUUUUGUCGAGCGUAAUGCCAAUCCGUAUCAACUUGUUAUGGAUGACGUCAUUAAUGGCAACAUGAAACGUAAAACCGAGUCAAAAAAGCAGGCUACGUCAGUGGAAGAUGUGUUAAAUUGCUUGCUUGCUUUAGAUGGACAACAAAAAUCCAAGGCUAUUAGACGACGUCAUACGACAGGCAAAGGUGAUCGAAAGACUCAGGAUCAGGCGCAUUACCGACGAUUUUUGAGUGAAGAGGCCCUGGAGCCUCGAGCACGUGACGUGUGUUCAACAACCUGGUCAGCUGAUUAUUUGGACUCUAAUGAGGUCAGUUUUCGUGACCUGGAAAGUGACGAACUGGACGACGUUAUCGUCCAUUGUGAAAAUCCGGACUGUGACAGUAGUUGUGUCAUGUCUAUCGCGAAGAGGAACUAUUUAACCUGCCAUAAUUGCUACACAUACUACUGUUGUAAAAAUUGUCGUAAAAAAGACUGGUCCGCCCAUAAAAAUGACUGCCACAUUAGUCGUGUAAAUACUUUGUGUAGAAAUAUUGUAAAAACUGUAAAUAAGGACUCCCAUAUUCAAUAUUAUAUUUCUAGAUUUGCUAGACGGGGUUAUCUCUAUAGGGGGCGUGGCUGUGUUGUGCUAAGUUUUGUCAAUUUUAAGAGUGGUCAAAAACUUAUCCAAGACGGACUGCGUCGUAAUGCAUUGUCACCUAUUUAUAUGACUUUAGCGGAACUGAACCGUUCUACAAUAUUCGGUGAUAUAAAAUUCGGACUAACUGAAAUGUGUAGUCGCUAUAACCCAGAUUCAAAGUAUGUAGUGUAUGUAGGCAUAGGUGUAGGCACGCAUGUCCAGUCGGAGAAAACGGCUAUUCCGCGUCAAAAUGGUUCCUUUGUUGAAAAAAGUGCAAUGUUGCGUUUGUGCCCCGCCCAUAUGCUACCGAAUGUGGAUGAAACCGACGAUUUAUCAGUGCUAGUUCUAACGGUCAUGCAUGGCGGCCAUGAUCAAGGAAAUAACGAUCAUAGAAAAUCUAGGGAAUUAGGAGUAAUCAACAUUCAACGAAAGUUACAACAAAGAGGAGUAUUUCUCCGAUAUCAAUAUCCGGAACUGUAUUAUAAAUUAUUGAAAUUUGUUGCGGACGCCAAACCCAUUUCGCCUGAAAUUCUCAAUCCGGUUGACGCACAAACCGGACAGCAAUUUGUUUGUAUUAUUCUCAUGGAAACGGAACCGGAAAUAGAAUGGAUGCAAGAAAACAAACCGGAAGUAGAUCAGCGAUAUGGUGGAUCAGGAUAUCUUAGCAACUAAUUCACGCAAUUAACCCGACUUAAAAAAAAAUUUGAUUAUAUUUCCUAAAAAAAAGAAUGGCCUCUAAGUUACGCUUUUUAGAUGUUGGGAAAUUUUGAGUAUAUUUAUACAAUUAAAGUGUUUAUUUUUGUCUUGUUCCAGUUAAAUAUUCAUGAGCGCCUCCAUGUAGGCUAUUCCUGCUUGUAUAUACAUAAAAUGACCCAAUAUUAAUCCGCUUUAUGUUAAUUAAAUGGCAACAUUUUUAAAUGGAUUUGUUUAAUAUUUCUUGCCAUAAUACAAUAUAUUGUUAUUAUUUCCCAGUAAUUAUUUCAAAUUAAAUUUAAUACUAUUUCUUAAAAUAAGUCUAAAUGUAUUUUUACUGUUUACAUUUUAUUUAUAUGGCGUGACUGGGUGUUCAUCGUGGUUAGUGAUUGAGUCUUUCAGUGCGAUUUUUGUUUUUUUGUUUAUUUUCACCUUUUUUUUCUUCAGCUUUUUGUUGAUUAUGUAAGUAAAGGUUGUAAAAAUAGUUAACAAAUAUUUGUAAACUAGAGAUGAAACACGGUGGUUUGUUUCUAUUAACCACCGUGUUAUUUUAAACUUGUUAACAAUUUUAAUAGUUUAUAUGUAUAUGAGUAAAUUUACAAAUACGUUACUAGGCAACACUAUAAGGACUGGAAACCGGGAAUGACGUUAUCUCCGCCAUCUUAGAUUUGUGACGUCAUACCGAAAAUCGAAAUUUGCCAAUCGAUCCGCAAGCACGCCCGGAUUCAUGUCGAUCGUACUUCAUUUGACGGAGCCACAGGCUUUUUCCGAAGAGCGUGUCCCCAUAAGAACAGUAUAGGUACAUGUAGCGCUUGUUGGUCAGUUCCAUCUCCAUAAAUCAUAAAGAUUUACAAAUAUCAAAUCAAGUUGGGCUAUUUGGCGCUUUAAAACGACCGACUUUCCCCUAAUGAACUGAAUAUAGCUUAGCGUGCUGUUGGUUCUAUUUGAUGUUCAUACGCCACUAUAUCAAUGCAGGUAUAUAUAGUCGCCUACCACAUGCAACCUAAUGAAAUAUUUAGCCGAGAGCUUGAUUGAUUUCUCGUGUUUUAUGCACGUUAAUAUGCAAAUUACGCAUGAAUCCUCUCAAUCAUUAUCGAUUAUCAUGUCCAAUGAGUCUACAUAUGAUCUGAUUUCAAUGCAUCAUACAUGUACAUAUAUGCUAAAACUAUUUCGUUGUUUGUUUUUUUUUUGUUAGUUUGUUUUUAGCUAUGAUUAUCGGAAACUCUAGAUCGGAGACGGCCCUGCAAAUAUGACGUCAUAUGUGGAUUUUGAUUUAGGAAUAGGGUAAGGGUAAGUCGUGGGUUAGGGUUAGGGCUAGGGUUAGCGCUAGCCCUGUUUGCAUCUCGAGACUUUGACAAAAUCUGCAGGUCCUAACCCUUAUUCUAACCCUAACCCACAUUCCACAUUUGACGUCAUAUGUUCUAAAAUUUGCAAGACCGUCGCCGAUCUAGCGUUCUCCAUGAUUAUCUGUUUUCCGUGUGUGAAUGUUUUGAAUGUUUUGGCCCUUUUCUUGAAAUAUUACAAACUCCAUUUGUUCUAAUAUUGAACGAAGUGGUAAAAUUUCUAGAAAUUGUGAAGACGUUUCUCCGGAGAAGCCUUCAUAGAAACCUGUCCAUUUUAAUACCCUUGGAUGAUAUUGGAAUGUGAACUGUGAUGGGUUUUUUCCAGAAACCGUCAUUACGCCAUGUUAAUUUCCCCGUGUGCCUUACAAGAUACCACUUGGCAAACCUCAGCAAACUCAGUACCCUACAUCUAGAUACCGGAGUCUGCCGAAGUUAGCCGAGUGAAAAGAUACAAAUCGUAGGAUUAUCUAUAUAAAUAUAUAGUCUAUAUGUCACGUGUAUAUUAUCUCUGUUUUUCAAAUCAUAGAAAUAUUAAAGUUUAAAUCUCGUACCAGUAAUCUGAAUUUUAAAAAAAUGUUGUUUUUUUUUUAAUUUUUAACCAAUCAGGUAACCGAUUAACAGUUACCCCUUAGCGUCAAUUACAUAGUAAUUAUUUAAGCACCGUAAUUUCGUACUCGGCUUUUGUGCGGUUUUAUGUUUAUGUGUUCGUAUAUUUACAAAUUUGAACAUAGGAAAUUACGGAACAGUAUAAGCAUUUAAAUAUAUUUAAUUUCUUCAUUCACUUUUAAGUACUUUGCAAGGUAAAUGUUUAGUGCCUUUAGAAUCAGAACCCACUAUAAAGUUUGUUUUUGUAGGUGAAAUAAAAGUGUUUUAAAUAAAUUGAAUUUUUAAUGGUGUCUAGUUAUGUAAUAUUUUGUCAAUAAAAAGACUGUUUAUGUUAUUUUCUUUAA